AUGUGUUGGAACAGUCUAAAUCUGCUUCGAACCAUAUUCUUGGUCUGGGUUUUGCAGGUGCAGAUUCUGCACUCAAAUGGAAGCAUGAGUUGCGUAGAGAGAGAAAGGCAAGCACUUUUGGAGCUGAAGAAAGGGCUUGUGGAUGAGUAUGGCAUUUAUCUUCAUGGGGUUCAGAAGGAGACGCUGAUUGUUGCAGAUGGUUGGAACGAUUUCCGUGGGGAUCCAAUCCCAGAAUUUAUUGGUUCUCUUGUUAAAUUAAGGCACCUUGAUCUGACUCAGGCCUAUUUUGGUGGGAAAAUUCCUUACCAAUUGGGAAAUCUUUCAAGCUUAAGAAUCCUUCGUCUUUCUUACAACUAUUUGAUAGGAGAGAUCCCUUGGGAAUUGGGAAAUCUUGUCAAUUUGCAGGAACUUAUGCUCCCCUUCAAUGAUCUAGGUGGUGUCAUUCCUUACCAACUUGGUCUCAACUCAAACCUCCUAGAAGGUCCCAUUCCAGACGAUCUAGGCAAAAUAAUGAAUUCCCUUCAAAUAUUGUACCUCCAAAACAAUCAAUUAAAUGGAACCAUGCCGAAAACAAUUGCAAAUCUGGUAGGACUCGAAGAGUUCAAUGUUGCGAGCAAUGUUUUAGGAGGUAGGAUCACAAACUUGGCCCAUUUUGCCAAUCUCACAAAGUUGAAGCUCUUAGAUUUAUCUUGGAACUCAUUUACGUUGAAUUUUAGCAACAAUUGGAUUCCUCAAUUUCAAUUGACAUCAUUUGCAGCCCAAUCCGUCGCAUUAGGUCCUUCUUUUCCCAGAUGGCUUCAAACACAAAAUAACCUGUACGAUCUUGAUGUUUCGGAUUCUGGGAUUUCAGACAUGGAAACAACAACUGCUUUUCUAUGCUCUACCAAAAGAAGUUUGAACCAUUUGAACAUUUCAAGCAAUAAUAUCAAAGGACAACUCCCAGAUUGUUGGAAUCACUUAGCAUCACUAAGAAUUCUUGAUUUGAGCAAUAAUGAGUUCUCUGGAAAGAUUCCAACCUCAAUGGGCUCCUUGAUUUUGGCCCGUCACUUAAUUUUACGUGACAAUCACUUCACAGGCCAAAUUCCAUCUCUGCAAAAUUGCACCCAGUUGGUAAUGUUGGAUGUGGCGCGAAAUGAAUUGUCAGGACCCAUACCUCCAUGGAUAGGAUUUAACCUUCAAAACUUGCAAGUUCUUAGCAUGAGAAACAACCACUUUAACGGGAGUUUGCCAUCGUAUCUGUGUCAUUUAACAAACAUUCAAGUUUUAGAUCUUUCACUGAAUAACUUGUCUGGACAAAUACCAAAAUGUCUCCGAAACUUAUCAGCAAUGGCUCGAAAACCUAAAUCUACCGAUGCCAUUGAUGAAUUCUACGUCUUUACAAAUGGCUCACCUUCGUAUGUUUUCAGUUAUGAUUUUUAUCCUACAGUGAGGUGGAAAGGAAAGGAAUUGUCAUUCAAGGACGAUCAAAGACUUCUGAAGCUCAUUGAUAUAUCGGAGAAUGAACUAUGUGGGAAAAUUCCAAGAGAAAUUGGGAAUCUCUCGGAACUUGUAUCCUUAGAUUUAUCAAGCAACAAUUUGAGUGGUGCUAUUCCUUGGGAGCUUGGAAAUCUGCAUGCCCUUGAGUUCCUUGAUUUAUCGACAAACCAUGUAUCUGGACCAAUCCCUUCAAGUUUUUCUGAAAUGAAUUGGCUUGCUGUUUUGAACCUAUCAAACAACAAUUUAUCUGGGAAAAUCCCAUCGGGAACACAGCUCCAAAGUUUUGAUGCCUCUGCAUAUGAUGGGAAUCCAUUUCUUUGUGGAAGUCCGCUGCAAAGACUUUGUCCAGACGAAAAAGGAACAAAAGCCGCAUCGAUUGAGGAAGAGCAAGAUGAUUCAUUUUUGUCCCAAGGAUUUUACAUAAGCAUGGGUUUGGGAUUUGUUACAGGAUUUUGGGCCAUCUUCGGUUCAUUGCUUAUUCCGUUCUUGGAGGAAUGCUUACUUCACCUUCCUAAAUAA